AUGAUGCAAAUACUAUUGAUGUUAUUGCUGUGCACUGUAAACGUUGAACUUGUCAGUACGUUCAAAGAGAUAACUGAUGACCACAGAUGUUGGUCAUCAGGUAACGGUUUACCGGCACAAUGGUGGAAUAAUGGUUCAGAAAUUAUCCGAGGAAAAUAUUUUUACACUUGUUCUGGUGGAGAAUUGGUACCUAAAGGUUGUGUAGUUAACGAUACUUACCGAGUACAAAUCAAUGAAGCAUAUAUUGAUGGUGGAUAUGAAAUUCAGUGUUUUUUGAAUAAUAACGAUUCUCUAAAUCUCAAAUUUAUAUCUUGUGUCUCACCGAACGGAACACGAUUCAAGGCUGAUGAAACUUGGGAAGAUCCAGAACGAAAUUAUUGGUUUAUUUGUAAAGUCGAUAACGGUUAUUUACGAGAAGCAAUUGGAGGGUGUUUUACGCAUGACAAAUCUAGACGAUUAAACGUUGGCGAAUCAUAUGACCUUGGAAAUUUUACAUAUAAAUGUUUGCUGAAAAAUGAUGGCUCAGUAUCAAUGUGUUCGGUAGGCUGUGUCCACGACGGCAAACAUUAUGAAAUUGGUGAACAGUGGCCUGAUGGUGAACAUAUCUACUACUGCAGAAGAUUGGGUGCUCGAACUCAGAAGGUUUUCAUUGGUUGCUAUUACAAUGGCAAAAAUUUUUAUGAUGGUGAUCGAUUCCAUAAAGGUGAAACACUGUAUCAGUGCGAAGUACUUUCAAACAGUUAUGCUCAAAAACCAGUUGGUUGUCUAUACAGAGCAGAUAAUGGAACUAUGAUUGAGCGGAUAGUUGGCUGUAGAUGGAAACAAAAAGUUGGUGAAACAAAAAUUGAACGUACGUGCAUAAUGUCAUCGGACAAACAACUACCUAUAAUACAGACAGUUGGUUGUAUCUACGAAAGAGACGGCCAUGAUACCUUGUUCAUUUACCAGGACUCUUAUACAAUUUGGGUUAGCCCAGACAGCACAGUUGUUGUCGCGGCGUGUAAGACCAGAGAAAAUGGUGAUGUAUAUUUGGAAACCUUUGAUCCACAAUUCAUCGGUAUACGUACACAAGGAUUACGUUACGAUAUUCCGCAUGGAGCUUAA